CCGCUUGUCCCACCAUCAAAAUCCCCAGCCGCUGUCUGCCUCAGUUGGUGCGAACGCAUUGACAGUCAGCCAGCCCGUCUUGACCUCGUACGCUGUGAGAGAAUCACCUUUUAUGUGCACUUGCACACUACAUCGGCAGCUAUGAGCGUCGCAAACGUCGAACAACCCCAUUCACUUCACUUCCAGCAACCGCCCUCCUCGCCGCCCUUCUCUGCUCCCCAGUCUCCGCAUGACCCUCCGCUCUCUCACCCAUCUUUUUCUUCGCCGCCCCCUCCAUCCGCCGCACAGGACAUCGACAUGUCUAGUACUAUACUACCACCUGCUGGUCAACCCCACGAUCGAGACGAUGCCGUCAUGGCCGACGGUCUGACGGAUGGCCUCCCACCACCUACCAAUAUCACUCCUCCAAACAAUGUCGCUGUGGAGAUUGCUUCUGUGCCUGCAGAGGAAGAUGCAAUGGACACUGCAGCGGACGAGCAGGCAAAUAUCCCUCCGAACAUCUCCGACGGUGUCCAGGGCACAGAUGGCAGUGCACAGAGCGAGGAGGCUCCAAAUGGCGUGACCCAAACAGAUUCAGGCAACAGUGGUGUGCCCCAGCCGCCUCCGCCUACAAAUAACGAGCCUUCCCCGGAGGGUGAUCCUCUGGUACAACCUCCUCCUCCAAUGGAUCCCUCGUUGGAGCCGCCACCACCACCGCCUCCGAUGGAGCCCGUUCGAUCAGAUUCGGAGUCUUCAGACGAUGACGAUGACGAUGGCCAUCCCUGGCAACCUAUCCACGAGGAUACCUCGUCGCCUGAUGAGAACGAGCUUAAGGAGAUCGAAUCGACUACAGAAUACAGCGCCCUUGACCAUGAGCAUUGGGAAAAGAAGGCGUUUGUGCCUCUGGAAGAACCAGAAUAUACUGUAGAAACAAGUGGACGCAUUGAGUGGAACGUUGAAGCCUACAACGGGACUCGCGAGAACCCCAACCGUGACUUAGUCAUGAAGUCAAAACCUGUUAAAAUCGGUGGUUAUGACUGGCAGAUCAAGUUCUACCCCAAAGGAAACGAUACAGACUAUCUGAGUGUCUACGUUGAAUGUCUCGGUCUUGAGGAGGAGGUUGGUUCGCAGGAGAGUGGGGAACAGGAGAACGAUAAAAGCGCCCCUGAAGAUGCAAUGGUGACGGGCGACGGGCCUGCAUUGGGCGAUGAAGUCCCGUCUACACCUUCAGCGGCUGAGCCUCGUGAGCUGCAACACACUCCAAUCCCACUCUUGGGAGCAGAGAAGAUCAUGAAACGGAAGAGCGUAGCUGCCCAGGUCUCCGUUGUUCUGUACAAUCCUGGUGAGCCUCGAGUCAAUGUAGCGCGCACCUGUCUCCACCGGUUUUGCUCAGCAUCCCCGGAUUGGGGGUGGACGAGGUUUCAUGGGCCUUGCUACGAGAUUCCCGUCCGCGCGCCAGGUCAACGACAAGCUUUGCUCCGCAAUGAUAAGCUUGCAUUCACGGGCUACAUUCGUAUCGUCAAUGAUGAGACCAAUUGUCUCUGGGAGCAUCCUAGCGCGGACAACCCUUGGAACAGCUUAGCUAUGACCGGUCUGCACGGUUUGACAUUCAGAACCUCGAGCUUCAGUUCCACUUCUCUUUCUGGGGGCAACAUCAUUUCUGCGAUUGCUCCUUGGAUGCUAUUGAAACCUAUACGGCAGCUCCUGUACAAGUUCAAGCCUGACACUGAAGAUCCCUCUGUGCGGCCUAGACCAUUGAUCGCUGCACUCCAGAAGGUAUUGUACAUGCUUCGGACACAAGUGCGACCUAGCUCAGAUUCGGUAUCUCUAGACCCAAUCAUAGAUGCUCUUGGGUGGUAUGGCAUUCACACCGAUCUGGCCAAACUCGAUGUCAUUGCCGUGUGGGAGCACCUGCGCGGCAAAUUGGAAGAUGAAAUGUGCGAUACCACAUUCUCAAAUGCCUUUCAAGAUCUAUAUGGUCCGAGGAAAGACUACAAAACGGGUACUCCGAAUCACCGCGUGAGCGUGUUGGGUGUCGAGAGUAUGCAACAAGCUGUCAACCAAAACCCAGAGCUAACCGCUACCACCUUUCCUCCACCAAAGCUACUGACAAUCGAGUUGGAUCGCCAAUACUUUGAUGCUGGAUCGCGCUCUUAUGUGAAGCUGUUGAACAAGGUCUCCUUGGAUGACCACAUCGAAGUGAGGAGCACUGGUUACACACUAUUUGGCUUCAUUACGCAUAAACAGACAUUGCAAUCGUAUCUAUAUCAGCCAAUCCUACGACCUGAAGGGCCUGGCUCUAAAUGGUACAGUUACUCGGAUAGCCGCGAUGACAACAUGGUCAAGUGCCUGACCCAGCGCCAAGCUGUCACAAUGCACGAAGGUAAAGAAGGCUCAGGACGCGUUACUGGCAGUGACUCCAUUGCAUAUAUUGCAAUGUAUAUCCGAGACGACAUAUCGGCAUCUGCAUUCCCCCCAGAGCCAGAGGGCUGGGACCUGCCUAACCACAUAGUUAGAGAGUUUGGCCAACGAUCCGCUGCAGAGGAAUCAAAGGAAACAUCGGGAGAGGACCAAGAGUCCUCGGAACAAUCUGAAAAGAUCGGUAAUGGGCCUAAAGAUUCUCCGCCUCCAGAAGAGCGUCAAUUCCAAGUGAUCAAUUCGAAAGCUUUUCUGAAUCACGAAGGUCCUGGGACCGUCGAUGUACAUGGCUCAGAUUGGGCAUCAAAGCAAUCGGGUCUUGUGCAUUAUGUACAAAUAAGAGCUACUGAUGGAUACAAGGACAUUCGAGACAAGAUUGCUGCAAUUUUGAGCGAUGUGCAGGACCCACGCCAAGUCAAAUUUUGGUUUCUUGAUACGAGCAGCGGCUCAUACGGGCAACCACAACUGCUCAGCACUGGGAAGAUCGAAUUUUCUAGCGGAUUAUAUGACCGAGAUGUUGAGCAGAUUCAAGACGAAAAGCUUGAGGAGCAUUCUCCAUAUUGGAAUUCUCGUAGGAUAUGGUUCCACGUCGUAGACUUUGCGGACCUCCCUGAAUUACCUACGGAAUUACCUACGGAAUUACCUACGGAAUUACCUACGGAAUUACCUACGGAAUUACCUACGGAAUUACCUACGGAAUUACCUACGGAAGAGCCAAAUGUGGCACCUGAUCCUCCUGCCGCUCCUACGGCCACAGAAACUGCCGAUGUUGCGCCAGCUGUGCCCAACGAAAACCAGCCUGUUGCAGAGGCCCAGCAGUCGGAAGAUACUCCUAUGAGCGAGCCUGACGACUCGGAACCUCAGCACCCACAGCCCACCGCGUUGGAAAUUCCGCAACCCGUGCUUCCUAACGUUGGCGACACUGCUAUGGUCGAAGCCGAUGCGCCAGCCCCUCCUGAACCCCCUGUCAACGAAACCGUCCCUCCACCUGAAGGUGGCGCUGAUACAGAAAUGGGUGGUACCCAAGAGAAUGAUGCCCAACCGCCAAACCCGGUUGAUUCAUCCUCUGAACCAGCUCCAGUGCCUGUCGAAGAGCACCCACAGAGCCCGGAGCCUCCGAUCGAAAGGCCUCAGACACCUCCCCCACCCCCUGAUGAGCUAUACUUCUUUGUCAAGUUUUUCGAUGCGGAAAAGCAGAUCUUGGUACCGAAGGGUUCCUUCAUCGCCCAAAGGUCUGCAAGGCUAGAAGCGACCAUUGCGAAGUCAUUGGAUAUUCCGUCCGAUCAGAAAUUGGAACUAUAUGAAGAGAGCAAGUUGACACUCGCCAGCCCACUCAAGGGUCGCAAGACAUUCAGCUCAAAUGAUUUGCGGAGUGCUGCCAUCAUUGUGUAUACGUAUCCAUUGAGUACAGAACAGCGCGAGGCUCUUUCUGACCGCGCUGCCUUCGCCGAUCUGCAGUCAUACCUCGCCUUCCGCGCUCAAGCACGCAACUUCCCCACCACCCUCAAUGGGCACUUUACUCACAGCUACUUCUCCUCGCAAUAUUAUAAAGGCGAGUUUAAGAACGGGUAUCGGCACGGAAAGGGCCACCGCAUCUAUCAUAGCGGCGCGACCUACGAAGGAACAUUCCGGCUUUCCCAGCGUCACGGCGAUCAUGGUCGAUACACGUACCAAAAUGGAGAUAUUUACGACGGGCAGUGGGUCGCCAACCAACAACAUGGUACAGGUACCUUCACCGAAGCCGCAACGGGCAACACGUACAUGGGCGGUUGGAAAAACGAUAAAAAGUUCGGAGAGGGCGUCACGCACUGGAAGAAUGCGCAAGAGACGGAGCGACUAUGCAGGAUCUGCUGGGAGGAGAGCGCCGAUGCGGCGUUCUACGACUGCGGGCACGUGGUGGCUUGUCUACCUUGCGCGAGACAGGUGGAGAACUGCCCUGUUUGCAGGCGGAGGGUUCUGAGCGCCAUGAAACUCUAUUAUGUGGCGUAA